GUGUGUGUGCAAGGUGGGAUGUGACUGCAGGUAUAUAAGUUCCUCCAUCACUGUGUACUGCAGUAUCUGUUCAUCCUUCAACUCUAGAAGCUGAAAUCAGAAGUGUUGUCUCUGGACUUUUUCCCACUGCAUCAUGUUCAAUCUCCUGUUGUUGGCGGCUCUCUUUGCCAGCUGCAUGGCACAUGCUACUGUGGAUAACUACUUCUACAGUGCUGCAGUUGGAACUGGUAGCGGCUCAUCCUUUUCCUCAGAGGGAGAAAACGGAGCAGGAGGGAGGAUCGCUGGUAUCAGGGUUUAUGAGUAUCCAAGCAAUUACAUUUGUGGUAUACAGUUAAAAUACAAACAUGAAGAGGACUGGUCUGCAAUAAUGGGACGCGAGUAUGGCACCGCCCAAGAAAUUAUUCUCUAUGACGACGAGUUCAUUGUCCAGGUCUCUGGUAAAUAUUCCAGCUACAUUUAUCAGGUGAUAUUUGGAACCUCCAGGGGGCGCACUCUGUUUGCAGGCCAGCCAUCUCAGACGUCCUUCAACAUGUAUCCACAACACGAAAAGGCAGAGCUGAUUCUACUGAGUGGUAACUUUAACGGCCAUGGUAUCACAUCUUUAGCAGCUCACUGGGCGGUGUUUAGUGAGGAGGAGCAGGAGGAAGCUGCAGAAGAAGAUUCAUCAUCUUAAGGAGUCAGAGCAGUGGUGUGCUGGGAUGUUGUUUGUUUCAAUGAUCAUAUCCAUCAAAUCUGUUAGUGUUGAUGUGUUACGAUUAAUGGGUUAAUAAGUUACACACCCUGUCUCACCGUGUUCUUUCUGAUCUGGUUUUUGGGAUAUUGUUUUAUGUAAACAAUAAGAUCAUUACAUAUAUAAUACAUAUGUAGUAUGAUUGUCUGAACACGGCCUUCACUUCUUAAUUCUAUGGCCAGUGUCUUUGCUUUCUUGAUUUAUGGCAGUGAUUGAUUCAUGUGUAAACACCCAGCCUGUGAAAAAAAUAAUAAAAAAAGAUAUAAUGGGGAAGGAAA